AUGUCCGGUGUGAUGAUGUCUUGCGGAAGUGACGUCAUCAUGCUGGGGGCGUCAUACAGUGACGCUUUCUCCUGCCCAGCCAACAGCCACUAUGAGUCCUGCACCAGGUCCUGUGAUCUCACCUGCGCUGGCCUGUCUGCCGCUCCAUCCCUGUGUACCAAGAAAUGCUUUGAAGGCUGCCAGUGUGACGUCGGCUACGUGUCUGAUGGGGGAACAUGUGCACCCAUGGAGAGGUGUGGCUGCAUGCAUAAUGGGCACUACAUCCAGGCUGAAGAAAGCCUCGUCUCCAGGGACUGCUCAGAGAAAUGUACCUGCCAUGCCUCAGGCCAGCUCACCUGUGCGAAGCUCAGCUGCAAGGCUGGGGAGACCUGCACCCUUAAGAACGGCGUGCGCGGAUGUGUGAGGCAGGAGGCCCAGUGUACGCUCGCCGUAGGAGGCCAGCUCACCUCCUUCGAUGGCGCCUCGGGGGAAAUGCUCUACGCGGGGGCCUACGAAGUGGCAUCUCUCUGUAACAGUGCAGACCUUUCCUGGUUCCGGGUGAUCGUGGAUGUGAAAUCUUGCAGAGACAGCGAGGGGAUGGCCGGUGUGGCCAUCUACGUCUUCUUCCGAGAGACCUUUAUUGCCAUCAACAAGAACAAGGAGGCUUGGGUAAGGGAACCUGUUUUACCAUAUGGGUCACUGCAGACGGAGCCUGUGAUACAGCCAGGGGGAGCAUGCGCAAAACCAUUGGAUGCAUUGCUUACUGCUUUUCAGAAUGGGCUGGAGUCGGCUGUAACCUCCUGUUGAAGAGAGACACUAAAGUACUUUCCAAAGCUGUUGAAUUCUUUAUCAUACGAGCACGGG